UGAUAAACAAAUAUUUGGCCCGCAAAACGUCCCAGUCCCGGGUCGCGUACCUCCAGCUAUACAUUUUGUCGCUUGCGGAAUUAUCAUAGCACCGUUGUUAUAUUCUGUGACCGUACACUGUACAGAUAUCGUAAAUUGUUGUUGUCGACAUUAUAGGCGCCUUUAUUGUCAUAUUCUGUGCUAAUAUCGGCGAUUUGUAAAUUUGUAUUAUACAGUUGUCAUUCAACCAGUUUACACAAAUUCCAAACACUUUUCGUUGAUGGCUAUGACUCUGGGAAAGGAUACCAUGGGAGAGCAGCCAAUAUUUACAUGCAAGGCCCAUGUGUUCCACAUAGAUCCUAAAACAAAAAAAUCAUGGAUAUCGGCAUCUACAGUGGCUGUCAAUGUUUCAUUCUUUUUCGACUCCCACCGGGCAUUGUAUCGAAUCAUUAGUGUAGAAGGAAGCAAAGCCGUCAUUAACAGUACUAUUACUCCAAAUAUGUCAUUUACAAAAACAUCACAAAAAUUCGGUCAGUGGACCGACAAUAGGGCAAAUACUGUUUAUGGUCUUGGGUUUUCUUCUGAACAAGAACUGAAUAAAUUUAUACACAAGUUUGAAGAAGUAAAAGAAAAAACAAGACAAUCGGCAGUAAGUGGACCACAACAGAUUCAACAAGCGUUUAUGAGUUCAACAACUCCAAUUACAAGUGCUAAUGCUAGUCCUGUAACUACACGUAUUAGUCAGUCAUCUGAUGGUCAAAGUAUUAUUGAACCUCCCAAUAUGACACCCACAGAUCCAAAUACUACUCCUGAAGAUACUAAUUCAACUGAACAAAUGAUUAACCAGAUGUCUAAAACUAUGAUAUCCAAUGCCAAUCAUGCCGCAGAGAGUCCAAAACAUCAAGGAAGCAAUGAUGGACGCAUGAGUGGUGGAAAUUCUAUGUUACCUGAAUCUCAAUUAAAAUAUGAAAAUGAAAGAUUAAAAUUAGCUUUAACUCAUAGUUCAGCAAAUGCAAAAAAAUGGGAGAUUGAACUUCAGACACUAAAGAACAAUAACUUAAGAUUAACCAAUGCAUUGCAAGAAAGCACAGCUAAUGUAGAUGAAUGGAAACGCCAGUUGCAAUCUUAUAAAGAGGAAAAUCAGCGGUUGAAAACUAGAUACCUUGACGCUGAAGUAGCCAAAGGAGGGUCAGAAGUUGCUUCAGAAUUAAGAAAUGAGUUAACUAGUCUACGCUUGAAGGUUGAAAACCUUGAUGGUGAAUUGAAAAGUAAAAAUGAAGAAAUCCAAAAGAUGACUAUGAAUAGAAUGCCACUUGAAGAAAAAUGCAAGGUUCUUAGUCAAGAGAAUGCAGAACUUCAAGCUGCAGUCAGUCUAGCACAAGCACAAUUGGAAACAGCUUUGGCAGCACAAGAAUCACAACGACGUGUUAUAGAUACACUCAACAAUAGUCUAUUUGUGCGUAUACAAGAAUUGGCUGCAAUACACAGAGAAAUGACAACUGCUAUUCAAACCUAAGGUAUAAUGAUUUGUGAAUAGUUAAAUACCUAAUGAUUGGUCGUAGAAAGCAAUUUAAAAUUUAAUUCAUUUUUUUAAAUCACAUAAUUAUAUCGUUUUUUAUUUAUAUUAUUAUUUUAUUUAUAAGAAACUGUUGAGUGACCAUUAUUGAGUAAAUCAAUGGAAAAGAUAAUAUUUAAAAAAAAAAAAAUAAGGUCAUCUAGAUCAAAAAUGUAUAUAAAUAAAAUUAUCUUUUAUCAAUUUUGCAUAUUUAUAACUUAAUUCAAUUUUUAAUUUCUUGUAUAUUCAUUAUUUGUGAUUGACUAAGAUUUAGAAAUAAAUUAUUUAUAAAUUUGUAUAAUCUUGAAGAAAGUUGAUGAACUAGAAGUUUAAUACAAUGUAACCAUUAAAUACUGUUAUAAUUAGUGUUUGGAAGUUAUAGGAAUUAAAAUUGAUAAAUACACAAACAAAAUAUAAAAAUUAUAUCUUAUUAAUUGCCGUGUCUAGACCAGUGUUGAAUCGAGACAAUUUUUGUGGGUGGGGGGGGCUCACUUGUUUUUUUUUGGGAAAGUCAGUAGAUAGUACCUAUACUGUCAAUAACGGUAUAAAAGCGGUAUAUUUUAAUGGUAUUAACACCAUUAGGAGCGGUAAUCGUAACAAGUAUUGUAAUUUUUUUUGAAAGUAUUAAGUAUACCUGGAUUCAACACUGGUAUAGACGCUCAGCCAUGAUCGGCAAGAUAAUAUAUGCCUGACCAUGGUCAGUAGAUUAAGUUACCUUUAACCAGUAUCAACAACUUACAUACACAAAUUAACAGAAUACUAUAAACAAUUAUUUUGUCAUAUAGUCAGAUACUGUAUAUUUGAUUGUGUGAUAUCAACUUUCGUAGCCAUAUAAUUGAAAAAAAUUUCAUUAGGUAUAUAAAAGAUUGUACCACAACUUUCCAUAAUUUAAUAACUUAUGGUGAAUGACAGUUGGUCAAAAUUGUUUUAUUUGGCCAAAAAGCUUAAAAAUUCAAUACAAGGACUACAUAUGUAUGAAUAGUUAAUUUAAAAAUUUUUUGAAUUAUUUAGUUACAAGAUGAUAUCACAAAAUCAAAUAUUUGUAUUCUGCUUAUUCCUGUAUGUUGUGACACUCGUCAACCAUUUUCUAUCUUACCCACCAUGGUUUGGCAUUUAUUAGUUAUUAGAAAGUUACAUACUAAUUAAUAGUAUAUUACAAACAUAUAUGUUAUAGCAGAAAAAUUCACCUUGUUAUCUCUAAUAAAUUUUUUUGAAAAAUAAAAUUUAUAAAUGGAUAAUGAAAAAAAAAGUGUUUAUAACUAACUGUCUAUAAAAUAUUUAAAAUUAUGCAUGUAAAAUUGUUGUUUUUAACAAUUCUAUACAACAUGAAUGGAUUCUUGCUUGAUCUGCUAUAAAAUAAAUGUGUAUAAAAAAAAAAUCAUACACACCCAACUUCUGAGCCCUACUUAUAUAAUGCUGUUUGAUGAAAUUCAAAUGCAUAACUUAUUUCUUUGGAACCAAGUACUAACUAGUUUAAUUAGUUACUUUUAAUGACGCAGAAUACUUUUAUUUGAUGCCUUGAUAGCCAAAUGAGUACCAAUUUUGAUAUUUAUUCAUUAAAUAAAAUUAAAUUUUCUUUUAAGUUAACCAAAAAUUAAAAAAGUUUAUGCAUCUAUAAAUGAUUGAUUUACAAUAAUACUAAUAAAAAAUGUAUAAUUUUUAAAAAAUAGAAAUUUGUUCAAAAUAUUGUAAGUAUUCCAAUUUUUUGUACAAACAUUUAAAUUAGUAUUAUAAUUCAAUAGUUAAAAAAAUAGGUAUAAAUAUACAUCUAAAAAAUGUAAUGAAUAUUGAAAUAAAAGGAGUGUCAAAAUUAACUUUUUUAUAUAUCCGCCCAUCUUUAGUUCCUUCGCCCUAUAAUACUAAAAAUAAUUCUAAGAUUUACGAGAAAAAUAUUGUAAAUCAACAUUUAUAUUUUAUAGUGUUACACAAACAUUUUUAUGUGCAAUUUAUUUAUUAAGAUUUAAGAGCUUAACAAAUUAUUCGGCCUAAAUUUAAAAAGUAUUACAAUUGUUAUUUUCUUUUUAAUGUAUUAUUAUUAUAAGCAUUGGACUAUUUCUACAAGUCCAAUUAUUUCCUUCUCACAUUACAAAUUUAUCUUUGAUAUUUUUGAUUGUUUGUUUUUAUAGUUAAAUUUUUUUUUCUUUAUGAUUAAAAUUUUUAUUAAAGAAAUGUUGGCGACUUACCGCUAUACAAUAAAUGUGCAAUGUGUUAUUAUAUUUUUUUUUUAAUACUUUUUAUAGUUAUCUUGAGUUUAUUUAAUUAACAAACAUAUAAUAAUCAAAGCCAUUUAUAUGUUUAUAGAUAAAUAUUAAAAUUGAUUUUCUUUAAAAAAAAAACUCAUUUAUCUAACUUACAACAUUUUUAAAUAAUGUAAUUUAAUUUUUUAAUAAUUUUACUGCUGUUCACUUCAUUAAUUAUGCAAAUAGGUUUUAUAUCAUAUUAAAGAAUUAAAACUUUUAGUUAUAAAUUAUAAACUUAUUUUUAGUUUUUUUGACUGAAUUUAUUUAUUUUUUCAUAUUAUUGUAAACAUAUAAUGCGAUAAAUAAUAUUAUACUUAUUUUCUACUUAGAAUUACAAUGAUAAAGAAAAACCUAAAUUAUUAAUUAUAAACAUUUGGCUUCCUUGUGGUUUAUAAUACUUUAGUAAUAGCAUAUUUAAUAGUUUCAAUUGUUUUACUGUAGGAUACUACUCAACUUAAUAAUUAAUUUAUAUAUCAUUUAAUGUGAUAAAUUAUAAUAUUGUGUUUACAAUUUAUUAUAAAUGUAUGUAGUUAGUCAAAAAUGAUAUGAAUCAUAAGAUGUAACCAUAAGCUUUUAGAAAAUUGUAAUAUUCAUAGACAAAUGUAUUAUUUGUAUAUUUAAUUUUUUAAUAAUAUUGCAUUAGAGUAUUAAUUAUUGUGUAUACUUUGAUUAUAGUGUUCAUAUAUAAAAAUGAUCAAAAUAUAUUCAAAUAAAAUAUUUAUUUUUUACUAUGACCCAUAAAAGGCUGACAAGUUUGAUCUGACAUGUGAAUUUAUAAAAAUAAAAAUUCAAUUAGUGAUAAUAAAGAGGUGUUGUAGAAUUGUUUUGAAGCCACAAAUUAUAAAUAAAUAGUACCUAAAACAUUUUUUUUCCAAUCAGAAUUGUUUUUUUAUUUUAUUUAACUCGUAUUUUAAUUUGUAUCUAUCACACUCAACUUUCCUAAAAUGUAUUAUGUUAAUAUUUUAGAUAUAUAACAUUUAAUAAGUCAUUAUGUCAUCAAGCUUUUUGUUAAUUUUUCAAUUUAAGGUUUAUAAAAAUAUUAAUUGCAUUAUUUGUGCCAAUUACACCUGUUAUUUUAAUAUAUACAUUUAAUAUGUUUAUUAUAUUCCUA